AUGACUUCUGUUACCGUCACUCUGCCGGCUCUGCCUGCUGGCUGGUCCGCCGAUAAGGACUUCAAGGCCGUUGGCUCGCUGUCUGCCGCCACCCAGCGCACGAUCGAGCCCGUUGGCCCUCACUUCCUCGCUCACGCCCGCAGAAAGCGUCACAACCGCACUUUCUCUGAGGACGAGAGAAUCCAGGCCCAGAACAACGUCAAGAAGACCGAGGAUGAGGACGAUGACAACAUUUCCGAGCCCGAGGACGGCAUGCUCCUGGCUCGUGAGGCCAAGGACUGGAAGAGCCAAGAUCACUACGCCGUGCUCGGUCUGACCAAGUACCGCUGGCGCGCAACCCCCGAGCAGAUCAAGCGUGCUCACCGCAAGAAGGUCCUGCGUCACCACCCCGACAAGAAGGCCGCCAUGGGCCAGAGCGACGAGAACGACCAGUUCUUCAAGUGUAUCCAGAAGGCCACCGAGGUUCUCUCGGACCCCGUCCGUCGUCGCCAAUUCGACUCCGUCGACGAGGCCGCUGAAGUCGACGCCCCCACCAAGAAGGAGGCCUCCAAGGGCAACUUCUUCAAGCUCUGGCGCCGCUGCCUCGAGGCCGAGUCCCGUUUCUCCAAGAUCCAGCCCGUGCCUAUGCUGGGUGACGACAACAGCACCUUCGAGGAGGUCGACAACUUCUACAACUUCUGGUACAACUUCGACAGCUGGCGUACUUUCGAGUACCUGGACGAGGAUGUUCCCGAUGACGGUGAGAGCCGUGACCAGAAGCGUCACGUCGAGAAGAAGAACGCCAACGCUCGCCGCAAGCGCAAGACCGAGGACACUGCCCGUUUGCGCCACCUGGUCGACGACCUAGCCGCCCAGGACGAGCGUAUCAAGAAGUUCCGUAAGGCCGCCCGUGCUGACAAGGACAAGAAGCGUCUGGAACGUGAGGCCGAGGCCAAGCGUCUGGUCGAGGAGAAGGAGAAGGCUCGUCUGGAGGAGGAGCAGCGCAAGAAGGAGGCCGAGGAAGCCGCCAAGGCCGACCGCGAGAAGUCGAAGAAGGCCAAGGAGGCCGCGAAGAACGCUUCCAAGAAGAACAAGCGUGUUCUCAAGGCCUCCGUCAAGGACGUCAACUACUUCGCCGAGUCCGGUGACGCCUCUGCCGCCCAGAUCGACGGCGUUCUCACCGACGUCGAGAACAUCAUGGGCAAGAUCGACGCCGAGGAGCUGGCUUCUCUCGCCGAGCGCCUUACCGCUGCCGGUAAGGAUGCCGCCGCCGUCAAGGCCGCCUGGACUGAGGAGGCCGGCAAGAAGCUCAAGGAGGGUGAGGCCAAGUUCUUCGCUUAG